AUCCGCAGUGGAUGCUGAAAACCGGGGUAAAAUCCCUGACACUACGAAAUUGCGAAAGCUCCACAAAGUGCAGCCAGCAAGGCAGCAACCUCAAAUUCUCAAUCUCAUACGCGCGCGCACACACCAGAAAAUUGCCCCGGCUUUUCCUUUUCCCGUCAAAGAAAGAAGGCGGAUUUGCGAAUUCGCCCACCACCACGCCACCGGCAGGCGGCAGCAGGCGCUUUUAUAGCGAGCGCACGCCCAUGGCCACACGGAAACCCAGACCGCUGCCACCUCCCUCCUCUCUCACUCUCUCUCUCCACACGCCUCCGCGUGCUCGGUCGGUCCCAGACCAGCUCACCGGCCGGGGCGGCAGCAGGCAGCCAUGACGGCCGUGGACGCGGAGUCCUGCGCGGUGGUCGCGGCGGCCGCCGACAUCAUCUGCUCGCUGCGCGGCGCCGACCUCGCCGGAUGGACGCCGCCGUGGCGCAAGGACGCUGCUCCGGCUCUCCCUUCCGCCUGCGACGGUGGCGGCGGCGGCCAGGAGGUGGGCGGCGACGCGCGGGGCAUGGCGUGGCCGGCCGUGGCGCGCGGGAAGCGCUCGCGGUCCCGGCGCGCGGGGACCCCGUCGGCGUCGGGCUCCGCCUCCGCGGGGGCGGCGGCGAAGGAGGACGAGGAGGAGGAGAAGAAGAAGAAGAAGGGGAGGCGCGGCGCGCGGGGCAGCCCCGCGUCGCCCCUGGACUACAGCGGCGGGUCCGGCUCCGGCGCGUCCACGAGCGGCGGCGAGGACGGCGCCUUCUGCUCCCAGCCGGCUCCCGCGUCCGCCACCGCCGCGCCCAGCAUCAAGCAGGUGGGUGGCCUCGCCGGACGGCGGUCGAUCCUCCCGGUGCCGCCGCCUCGGCCCGCCGGGCAGCGGCCGCGGAAGAAGAUGAGGCUCCCGGAGAUCCAACAGCUGGUGCGGUCGCUGUCGGUGGAGAACGACGCCCUCCGCGAGGAAAUGAAGGCGUUGCAGAGGGCCUGCACGACGCUGUCCAAGGAGAACGGCAAGCUAGAGACAAGGCUAGAUCACUCAAGUAAGCGGAACGGGAUGAUCUCCGCGGAGGAUAAAGCAAAGCCAAAGCCUGGUUCUCAAGAGGCAGAGGCAGAGCAGGAUGCUGGGAACGGCUUCGUGCUCCCUGACCUCAACCUCCCGGCAGACGACUGAUGGCUGAAAUUUCGUCGGUGUCUACGAUCUUCAGACCGAUUUAGCGCGCUAACCUGAUAAUUAACUGUACAUAUAGACGAAGCUGGCCCAGAAGGGGUUCUCAAUUCUGAUCACACGCCAUGAUACCGAAGAAGAAAAACGGAGUUCAUGUUGUUUCAUAAGUUGUUGAAAUCUAGGGUUUAGAGCCACCAUCCCGGUCCUCCGGUCUGAAUGGAAUUGUUGUAUGUUCAGAUAGGGGGAUCGAUUUACCUUCCGUUUUCUGAUUAAGGUUCUUUAGUUGGUGCCCCGCGCUUCUGUGUGGAUGAAUGCGCAGAGGGAUAUAUAUAUUUUUUUAAAAUAUUUCCAUAUGUAGGUGAUGAGGAUUCGAAAGUGAACCCAACGAUGUAGCUUGUUUAACUUUCAUUUAAACAUAUAUAGUUCAAGCUUUUGAAGCUGGAGUUUUGCUG